UGUCAGGUGACAGGUAAAAGCUCGUUAAAGGGUGGAUGUAAAAUGACACCUGGGCCUACACCCAGGUGAUAAUCUUCUGGUGAGAAAAAUCACCAACGGAUUACCAAGUUAGUUGACGAGCUCUUCCGCAUCCAACAUAUAAGAAAGCCAGCCAGAAACAUGCAGCGCCUCUCUCCUCCUCCACUCCUCCUCCUCUUCUCCCUGCUCCUGCUAUGGGGCUCCUGCAGCGCCUUUAAGAUUUGUGCCUUCAACACCCAGGGCUUCAACAGCACCAAGGCGUCCAAAUUUCAAAUCCUGAACACACUCACAAAGAUCGUGUCUCGCUGUGACGUUUGCCUGCUGCAGGGGGUUAGGGACCCCAAGGGCAAGGCCACCAAGGCUCUGGUGACGUCCUUAAACAGAUACAAUGAGCACACCCGCUACAAGUCUGUGUCCAGUGUAGGUCUGGGACCAACACCUACAGACAAGCAGCAAUAUGUGUACCUGUAUAGGAUCGGCUCAGUGAAUAUAACUGGUCAGUACCAGUACCCAGAUACAAAUAAUGAUUUCUUCAGAGAACCAUUUGUGCUGAUCAUACAAAGCAACAAAACCGACUUGGGACAGAUAGCGCUGGUCCCCCUCUUCUCCUACCCUAAGAACGCAGUCCAGGAGAUGGACAAGCUCUAUGACAUCCUCCCAGAGGUUUUAAAACUCAUGAACACCUCGAAUGUCAUGUUUCUGGGGGACUUCAAGGCAGGGUGUGGGUACAUGACCCGGACAAAGAAGCAGGACAUCCGCCUCUUCACCAAGCCAGGGUUCUAUUGGCUAAUAGGAGACAAAGUGGACACCACCGUUCGGGACAUCACCAACUGUCCCUACGACAGGAUUGUGGUCCAUGGUGCGUCCUUGUUGAAGAACAUCGAGCCAUACUCAGCCAAGGUGUUUGACUUUGCCAAGGAGUUCAAGAUGACUAAACAGAGGGUUCUGAGGGUGAGUGACCAUUUCCCCGUGGAGGUGAAGCUACGGACUCCAUCCUCAGCACAGCCCACACGGGCUCUGCCUCAUUUCAUCAUCCUCUCUGGGAUCAUCUGGUCUAGCCUGCACUCUUAUCUGUAAUCACCUCAAUCUUGCCAGUUGGUUAAUCGCUGAGCCUCCCAGUUUGAACAGUCAAAACCUCUGUCCUUCUGUUUCAACUCAUCUUUUAAUCAAUCCUUCAUUGGAAAACAAACACAGACACCCUGUCCUGGUUCAUACCAAGAGUAGUCUUGGAUUUGUCUUAACCCUUGUGCUGCCUUCGGGUCACAUGACCCAAAGGUUCAUAACGAACCAUCGUUGUGUUUACCAAAUUUUACCCAAUACAAAAACAAAUACAAAUAAUUUUCUUUUAACCUUUGCAAUGUGGGGGGUCUGAGACAGCCCAACGGUUAAAAGAAAAUGCUUCACUUUGUUUUUGUAUGCGGUAAAGUUGUCGCAAUACGACGGUGGGUCACAAUGACUGAUGGGUCAGAAUGACCCGAAGAUAACACAAGGGUUAAGAGACUGGAUCAUUUGACUCUGCUGUGAAACUAGCUUCAGGUUAGAUAUUGAUUCAUUCAACUGUCUCUAGCUCUCAAUAUCAUUUCCCUAAAAUAUUGAUGAUUGUGAAUAAAUUGUUUUUAAAUCAUU